AUGUCGGCCCGCGAGCAGCAGCCGGCGCCCCCUCCCGGGUCCGAUCCACGAGAACAUGCGGCCGAAGACGUCGAGGACAUCGACAACCCGGGGCUUGAUUUACAGUCCUUGUCGCUUGCGGUGAAAGCAAGAAAGGCAGAUUAUACCCGCCGGCAAUCCAUCCGAGUGAAAAUAGGUACAUGGAAUGUGGCCGCUAUCAACGGUACCGAGAAAGACAUUGGAAAGUGGUUCGUGCAGGGACAAGGCGUGUCCGAGGAGUUCUCUGGCCUGAAGGGCUCGCAGUUCCGCCGGAAUGUCACUACGAAUGGAUCUUCUUCUCCGAGUGGGGACGGUGAUCCGAAGAAGGACGGCAGCGGCACCGCGCCUUUUCAGUGCAGCCCGGAAGAAGUCGAUCUCUAUGUUUUGGGCCUACAAGAGAUCGUUGACGUUUCCUCUCCAGCUGAAGCUCUUCGACCAUAUACGGAUCCCGGACCGGCAAGCAGGUGGAAAGAGGCCGUUCACCAAGCUCUUCCCCCAGGAUACCAACUCGUUUCCGAGGUCCAGCUUUUGGGCCUCUUCCUUACCAUCUAUGCGUCACCCGCGAUCCGCGACAGCAUCUCUUCAAUCAGUAGCACGUACGUGGGUACCGGGUUGAUGGGGUACAUGGGCAACAAAGGCGCCGUUGCGACUCGCAUGGUCCUUGGGGAGACCACACGUCUGGUCUUUGUAAAUUGCCAUCUCGCUGCAGGGUCAGAUAAAGGGAGUCUAGAACGGCGCAAUUGGGACGCAAUGCAAAUCACCCAGCGGGCCAAGUUCGAGCCUGUGGAAUCUGAAGAUAAAUCCCAGGAAGGCCAAGGUGAUAGCAUUGGCGAGGAGGAUUUUACUUUCUGGUUCGGUGAUCUCAACUAUCGUCUCGACGAUAUCCCCGGUGAUGAUGUGCGACAAGUUCUCGCUCGGCACACGGAGAACUCGUAUGACGCCGCACUACAGGGGAAGCACUCCAAGUCUGGCAGCCGUCGAAACUCUCACACCUCCAACUCCUCAUCUGACAACGGACCGCCAUCACUGCCCCCAGGAGGAGGGCUGCCAGAACCGGUAACGGAUGAGGAGAUCGAUCCUCAUAAUGAUCCGGCAUCUCUGCAGACUACCAUUUCAUCUUUGAUUACUCACGACCAACUGCGAAUCCAACAGAAGAAAGGCACUGCUUUCCACAAGGGUUGGCGAGAGGGCCAGAUCUCCUUUUUGCCAACGUACAAGUACGAUGUUGGAAGUGUGGCGUUGUUUGAUACUAGCGAGAAACAGCGUGGUCCUAGCUGGUGUGAUCGGAUUCUCUACCGUACGCGACGAGACAAGCUCAAACAUGAACAGCUCGACCGGGAGGCCGAGGAGGCACGGAAACGAGACAAGGAGAUGCAAGCUCGUGGAUUGGACAAAGCAGUUGCUGAUGAUAAUGUGCUAUUUGACUAUGAUCCCGAGGUUGAUGGUCAAGAUGGCUCCGUUGAGGGUGGUGAUUACGACUCGGACGCUGAUGGAGAUGACGAUUCUCCCGCUGCAUCCGAAGAUGAGCCGCCAGAAUCAAUUCACCAGCAUCAUUAUGUCUCGCACCAGGGUAUCCUUUCGUCGGAUCAUAAGCCAUUGGACGCUAUCUUCACUUUGGCAUUUGAUGCUGUCAAUCCCAGCUUGAAAGCAAAGGUACACCAAGAGGUUGUUCGUGAGUUGGACAAGGCCGAGAAUGAGGCACGACCAGGUCUCACAGUCGUUGUGGAUACCCAUGUCGAUGAAGAUCGAUCCCAACGUGAUCCCAAUACCAUCGAUUUUGGUGAGAUCAAGUACGAUGUCCCGGUUCAUCGGAGCUUGACCGUUGCCAACACAAGCGGUGCCCCUGCGACUUUCUCGUUCGCCGAGAGGUCUACUCUGGGCGAUAAUACGCACGAUAUACCGCCGUGGGUGGAUAUUCAGGUUCAUCACUCUUCUGACCACGAGCCAGCCUCAGGGGAGUCAUCUAAAUCCGAGAGCACUCAUACUUUGCAUCCGGGAGAAGUGGCUAAUAUCGACGUCACGGCGCAUCUUCGGAGCAUUGAGCAUGUGCGGCUACUCAACUUGAAGAAAGCCAAGCUUGAGGAGAUUUUGGUCCUCCAUGUGGACAGCGGCCGUGAUCAUUUCAUCUCUGCCUGCGGAAAAUGGCUGCCAACUUGUUUCGGUUGCAGCGUCGAUGAAUUAACACGUAUGCCCGAGGAGGGUGCCCGCUUCUUCAACGAUGAAACUGUAUCAUCCCGGGAAAGGGGUGCGAAUGAAGUACGGCUGUCAGCACCUCGUGAACUCUUCCGGUUGACUGAAUCUAUCUCCGAGCUGGCAGAACGCGCCGUGGCGGAAUGGAGUAUGACAAAAGGCGAGUCUGAAAAGGAACAAGCACCAUGGACUAAACAGCCUGGCGGUUCUGCAUGGCCAUUCCAGCCGGAUACAUGGACUCUUACGGACCCACACGAGCGUGCUCCCCUUCUUGCUUCAGUUCGCGACUCUCUCGACACUAACGGUUCUCUGUCGAGCAUCUUCGCACCGGAAACCCCUUCUUUGCACAGACUGGAGAUCCUGUCCGAAACCCUCCUGACAUUCCUCAACUCACUCAGCGACGGCAUCGUCACUGCCGAUGUCUGGCAGCAAAUGGAGCAACACAUGAUCACCCGCGAGAAAUCCAAAGCACCAUCUCUAUCAUGGGAAGAAACCCAAGCCUGGGUCCUGGAGAGUCUCGCCUACUCGCCAGCACACAGCGUCUCCUUCACAUUCGUCACCUUCAUGCUCGCCCGUAUCGCAAACGAAGUAGCCCCCGUCCCAUCUACCAUAUCAACUUCCAACAAAGAAAACGGGCGAAAUGACAACUCUACCAAUUCCAUAAACAACGAAGAACCAAGCACAUCUUCAGAAUCUACCUUUACAUUCCCAACACCGCCCACUCCAGCCUCGGCGGCAGCUUUUAUAUCCGGAGGAAGUUUCCGCCGCAAACCAAAACUACCAGAUCCCGAGGUCGUGUCGAGUAAUUCGACCAACGCUGCAGCACGGCGACAGGCCGUCGAGUUGGCGUUGGCGAAUAUCUUCGCCCGUGUCUUGAUUUCAGCCGCUGUUCCUGUCCCGGUGAAGGAUAAGGAGCGUCGAGCGUCUGAUGAGCGGAAGGAGAGUAUUAUUGAGCCAUUUUUGAAGAUGAUUGGUGUUGACGAGCGGGGUCCCUCUGGGGGUCGAUAA